UUGCAAGGCUACAAUGGUGAAUGGCGACCGGUAGCGUAUGCAUCUCGUGUAUUAACCCGAGCCGAGCAAAGCUAUGCACAAAUUGAAAAGGAGGCGCUCGGAAUUUGUUUUAGCUGUGAAAGGUUUCACGAGUUUUUGUACGGAAGAAAAGUGCUUAUCGAAACAGACCACAAGACUCUUAUAGCGAUCGCACAAAAGUAAAUCGCCGACAUGCCAUCGCGAGUGCAAAGAUUCUUUUUGCUGCUACUAAAAUACAACUUUGUCUUACAGUACCUUCCAUGCAAACAGCUGGUUCUCGCUGACAUGUUGUCACGCUCAACGGCUGACCAGGGCAAAGAUCAAGUUGGCACUACUUCUGGUACCACAGACGACGUGGAGAUCCAUGCGGUGCAGUCCUUGGGCUACAUGGUCACUUAUGAAACGCAGCGGUUACUGCAGCAAGAAACGUCUCGUGACGUAUACCUACAGACCGUGAGGAAGCGCUUAAGAAGCGGGCAGCCGGUGAAUGGGGAAGUCAAGCUAUUUGCGAAAGAACUGUCGGUCGUUAAUGGAAUAGUGCUGAAGGGCUCGAAAGUUGUAAUACCGAAGAGUAUGCGACAAAGCAUCCUGAACAGGAUACAUGCUGGCCACCUCGGGUUGCAAAAGUGCAAAGAGAGGGCCCGAACUCUUGUAUUUUGGCCCGGUCUGAACGGCGAAAUCGCUGCGCUAGUAGAAAGCUGCGCAACCUGCCGAAAGUACGCGUACAGGCAACCACAUGAACCACUUCAAAUGCGGCCAGUUCCAAAAUGUGCUUGGUAUAGGGUCGGCGUAGAUAUCUUUUCUUAUGCUGGAAAUUCGUACGUGGUUGCUUACGACGCCUUUUCGAAUUUCCCUGAGGUUGAGAAACUUGACGACACAACUGCAGCAACUACGAUCGCAGCCCUUAGCGCCAUGUUCGCCAGGUACGGCGUACCUGUAGAAGUUUGCACGGAUAACGGACCCCAGUUUUCAAGCCAUGAAUUUGCCAGAUUUGCCAAAACCUACGACUUCAGCGAUGUAACCUCCAGCCCCCGUUAUCCGCAGUCGAACGGCUUGGCUGAGAAAGGUGUGCAAAUCGUAAAGCGCAUCCUGAAAAAGACUCGAGAGGCGAGGGAGGACUUCUGGCUGGGUUUACUAGCCUAUCGCUCAACACCAUUGGAAGAUGGGCAUUCUCCGGGUGAGCUUCUGCAAAAAAAAAGGCUACUUUGUUCUGACCUUCCCGACUUCGGUAGGGUGUCCCCUGUGAGGAAGCACCACCAAGCCAAGGCCGGGAAGCCUUUGCCAAUACUGCGCAGAGGCACGAAGGUGAGGCUGCAGGAUGCGACUUCGUGGUCCCCAAAAGCGAAGGUCGUUGGUGAAACUGCUCCGCGUUCCUAUUUGGUACGAACGCAAGAUCACCGUGUUCUGCGGCGCAACCGCCGACAUCUACUUCGGACGGGUGAACAGCAUAGCGGUGAAAGUGAUGACGACUGCGAGGAGAUUCCACCAUGUGAAAGCUCCCGUGCGCCGGCGCCUGCAGCACCAGCUGAACCAACAGCGCAAGCCUCCGAGGCGUCUUCUCUAGAAAUAGCCGUAGUAUCAAUGCCACCAGCAAGUGACGGCAAUCCUUCGCCUGGCAUCCAACCGACGCAUGCUACUAGAAGCUCGACUCGUGUGGUCCGGCCUCCCCAGAAGCUUCAUUAUGAUAAACAUUUUCAGCAAGUGUCAUAAGUUUUGGCAAAUGUGUAUAUGUAUCUAAGUCUCUUUUGUUUGUUGCCCGAGGGAGGAUGUAUCUGACACGUUUACUGAUUAUAUCAGCGCGGAUGCGCAUCGGUGAUGCGCAGUAUGUACAGCGCGCUGCAUUCACGUCUUUAUAAGCCACGCUCUCAAUAAAUCUUUG